CUUCUUAUUCUGCCCCGAUAGUACAAUACAAUAAAAUGGGUGAUGUAGAGGUGGAACUGAAGAACUUAGUAAAGGGAUGACCCAGAGCAAAGUCAUGAGAGUAUUUUUAGACACCAGCCUUCUCUUGCUAAUGUUGGACUGCUGCUUUUCCUCUGCUGUGUCCUCCUCUCUUUAUUCCUCCUCUUGUCAGUUACAGAGACAGUUUCAUCUAAAUGGGAUGCACAAAACUGGAGAUGUGAUUCUAGGUGGACUGUUUGAAAUACACUUCUUUUCUGCUGAUCCUGACCUGACUUUUACUUCUGAGCCACAGCAGCCUCACUGCUAUGGUUUUGAUAUUAUAGGAUUCAGACAGGCUCAGACCAUGGCCUUUGCUAUUGAUGAGAUCAACAGAAACUCCAACCUGCUGCCUAACGUGACUCUGGGAUACAGUCUGUAUGAUAACUGCAUCCAGCUAGGAAUUGGAUUUCGUGCAGCACUGAACUUAGUGAGUGGUCAAGAAGAGCAAGUCACAUUAGAGGAGAACUGUGUCGGAACUCCUCCAGUCCUAGGGAUUGUGGGUGAUUCUUCGUCCACACGUUCUAUUGCCAUAUCCACAGUGAUAGGUUUGUACAGAGUCCCUCUGGUGAGUUAUUUUGCCACAUGUUCCUGCCUGAGUGACAGACAAAAGUUCCCAUCUUUCUUUAGGACGAUCCCAAGUGAUGCUUUUCAGGUGAAUGCUAUGAUUCAGAUUCUAAAACACUUUGGUUGGACUUGGGCAGGUCUGCUUAUCAGUGAUGAUGAUUAUGGAGUCCACGCUGCCCGAUCCUUUCACUCUGAUCUGGGUCCAGCUGGUGGAGGUUGUCUGGCUUACACAGAGAUUUUGCCCUGGGGUGACGACCCUGCUGAACUCAGGAGAAUAGUGGAUGUGAUGAGGAAAUCUACAGCUCGAGUGGUGAUUGUGUUUGCUCAUGAGAGUCACAUGAUUAACCUCAUGAAAGAGGUGGUGAGGCAGAAUGUGACAGGCCUGCAGUGGAUGGCCAGUGAAGCCUGGUCAGCAGCUGCUGUGCUCCAGACUCCUCACCUCAUGCUGUACCUGGGUGGAACACUGGGCAUAUCCAUCCGUCGAGGAGAAAUACCAGGACUCAGGGACUUCCUGUUACAAAUACGUCCUGACCUACGUCACAACAACACAGACGGAAACAACAUGGUGAAUCAGUUUUGGGAACACACAUUUCAUUGUAGAUUUGCACCACCUCCAGCAGGUUGGGUGGAAGCUGGAGAAAGAUUAUGCACUGGACAGGAAGUUAUUCAGAAUGUGGAGAAUGAGUUCUUUGAUGUUUCAGACCUCAGGCCAGAAUAUAAUGUGUAUAAGGCUGUGUACGCUCUGGCAUAUGCUCUUGAUGAAAUGCUGCAGUGUGAGCCAGGGAGAGGACCUUUCAGCAACAACACCUGUGCUCAUUUACAAAGACUGGAGCCAUGGCAGCUUGUGCAUUACUUGGAGAAAAUCAUCUUCACCACAACAUUUGGUGAUCAAGUGUCAUUUGAUGUGAAUGGUGAUGCCAUACCAAUAUAUGACACCAUGAACUGGGUGUGGCUCCCUGAUGGAGGAACUAAAGUUCAGAGAGUGGGUGAGGUUAAGAGGUCAGCCUUAAAAGGUGAAGAACUCACACUGGAUGAAGACAAAAUCUUCUGGAACUUUGAAUCCAAACAGCCUCCUCGGUCAGUGUGCAGUGAGAGUUGUCCUCCAGGUACCCGCAUGGCCAAAAAGAAGGGGGAACCUGAGUGUUGUUUUGACUGUGUCCCUUGUUCUGACGGAAAGAUCAGCAAUACGACUGACUCCAUGGAGUGCACCAGUUGUCCAGAAGAUUUCUGGUCCAGCCCCCAGCGUGACCACUGUGUUCCUAAGAAAACAGAGUUCCUCUCCUACCAUGAGCCUCUGGGUAUCUGCUUGACAACCACCUCACUGUUGGGCACAUUUAUCUGUGUUGUUGUUCUGGGCAUCUUCAUCCAUUACCACAGCACACCUAUAGUUCGUGCCAACAAUUCAGAACUCAGUUUUCUUCUCUUGGUGUCACUCAAAUUGUGUUUCUUGUGUUCAUUGCUCUUCAUUGGACGACCCAGAUUAUGGACUUGCCAACUAAGACAUGCAGCAUUUGGCAUCAGCUUUGUGCUUUGUGUCUCAUGUAUCCUGGUGAAAACCAUGGUGGUUCUGGCUGUGUUCAGGGCCUCCAAACCAGGAGGUGAGUCCAGUCUGAAGUGGUUUGGUGCUGUACAGCAGAGAGGGACAGUUCUGGUUCUGACUUCUGUUCAAGCAGCAAUCUGCACUGCCUGGCUUGUCUCUGCUUCACCAGUGCCUCAUAAAAACACCCAGUAUCACAGUGACAAGAUAGUUUAUGAGUGUGUAGUUGGGUCCACAGUUGGUUUUGCAGUUUUACUUGGUUAUAUUGGUUUACUGGCUGUCCUCAGUUUUCUGUUAGCUUUUCUAGCAAGGAAUCUUCCAGACAGUUUCAAUGAGGCCAAACUCAUCACUUUCAGCAUGCUGAUCUUCUGUGCAGUGUGGGUGGCCUUUGUCCCUGCUUACAUCAGCUCACCAGGCAAAUAUGCAGAUGCAGUGGAGGUAUUUGCCAUACUAGCCUCCAGUUUUGGCCUCUUGGUGGCGCUGUUUGGACCUAAAUGUUAUAUAAUCCUGUUGAGACCAGAGAGAAACACAAAGAAAGCCAUCAUGGGUCGAGGCACUGAGUUAUGAAAACAGAAUGGCAACAACAUUUUAUUUAUAUUAUUUCCACAGUUUCCCACAGGAUUUUAGACUGGUGGCAGGGUCUCUGACCCUUGGGGGUCGGGGUGUGUGUACAGUUUCAAGCCUGAUGUAUCUCUUUGGUGCAUUUUGAGACCACUGAAUGUAAUGUAAAUUGCUGUACACAAACAUAACAGCUUGGUAACAUCCAUAACAACUUUUAAAGGCAUAUCAGGAAUAUUUAAAAUUUAAUCUUGAAAAAAAAACAAUGACAAUUAAUUAAUUCAUUCAUUCAUUCACUUGUUCAUUCAUUUUGAGCAUAUAAAACUUAACAUCGAUGAUGUGAACAAUCUUUAAACUGACUACUGACACACUCGUGUCAGUGGACACUAAUUUUACUAGGCUUGGUGGAAAAUCUUGAAUAAUCAUUCUGACAUUUGUGACAAAAGAGCAUCACAUUUUGGGGAAAAACUAACCUGAAAAACAUGCACAAAUCUAAAAAAAAUUACUUUAAUGCCACAAAGCCAUCACUUUAUCAUUUAUCAUCAUUUUAACAUUGGUUCAACUAACCAGUUACAAAUUCAAAAACGUCUUCACUCAGCUGGUUUUCCUGACUGUUAGCUCUUUUAUAAACCAAUAUAAGUCAUUGAUAAAUACUAAUAAAAUAAGCUUCACAUCAAGAGCAAAAAAAAGGUGUAACCAAAAGGUCCAAAAAGUCAGGUUAAACAAUUUGUAAAACAAUAAAAUAAAGUAUAUAGUAUUUUUUCAUAUUUAGUUUGAAAGUCAGACACAAUUGAAAAGUAAGUUAGCAUAAAUCUAGGAAUAAAUAACAAUUAAUUUAAAAACUGCCUGGGUGCAGCAGCCACAGUGGGUGCUUUUGCACAUACUGGUGGUAUACAGUGAUAUGUCGUUUUGUUUUUCAGCUCGUAUACACAUUUGUUUUCACUCUGGUCCAAAUGCUGCAGCCCUGGCAGAGCUUCUUGUUUCUAUGACGACUGACUGGGAAGUUUACAUGACUCCCAGUUGUUAAAAUGAGUCUCUAAAGUAACACUAAACUUUAAAAACAGAGGCACACAUACGCAGUACACAGGUACACUGAUUAUUUGUAGCGCUGCUCUUUUCAAUUAAUAAACGGACCCCUCCAGUUCGACUGUAGGCACACUAAUGCAGCUAACAGCGCUAACUGGUAAACGGUGCCUGGUCUCCAGUACUCACUGAUUUGGUAUCGAAUUGGAACAACAAUGGUUUGGGUUUCCCUUUGCCAGCUCUACCUAUAAAUUUUAUCAAAAACUACAUUUUUAAGUCUAACUUUAAAUACAGAGAGAGUGUCCUCCUCCUGAACUGUCACUGGGAGCUGGUUCCACUGGAGAGGAGCCUAAUGCUUGCAUUUUGGGACUGAAGUGAUGGUAUUAGGAUGAUAAGGUAAAACAAUUUUUUUAAAGUGUGAUGGGGCCUGAUCAUUAAGUACUUUGUAGGUGAGGAGAAGGAUUUUUAAAUUGAAUUCUUAACUGUACAGGGAGCCAUUGUAGAGAGGCUAACACUGGAGUGAUACGGUCUCUCUUUCUAGUUCCUGGCAGAAUUUGUGCUGCAACAUUUUGAAUUAACUAGAGGGUUUUGACACAUACUCACUCAAAAAUGACUCCAUCUCAAAUGACAAUGUAGUCAGAGACGUAUUUCUCUAAGGUGUUUAAGGCCAAAUAUAAUGACCUCAGUUUUGUCUGAGUUUAAAAGUAGAAAGUUACAGGUCAUCCAUGACUUAAUGUCAAUGAGACAUUCCUGCAGUUUAACAACCUGAUUUGUUUCAUCUGGCCUCUUUGAUAAAUAUAGCUGUGUCAUCUGCAUAACAAUGGAAGUGUAUGUUGUGCUUUCAAAUAAUGUUGCCUACAGUAAACAUGUAUAAGGUAAAGAAGUAUCGGCCCAAGCACUGAGCUCUGUGGAACUCCACAAUUAUUUUUUUUGUGCAA